AUGAAGGCUUCGGUUGUUGCUUCCAUCCUGGCUUUCAGCCUUUGCGCCUCUGCCGGCCCAGCAAAGAACCAUCCAGAUGACUUCUUCGCCAUGACGAAGCGGGCCUCCCUCCCCGUGCCCAAGGGCAACGGCACUAUGACUCUAUCCAAACCCCAGGAAAUUAGCGGUGUCUUUGACGGAGGCAUGAAGACAUAUGGCCGUGGUGUCUCGUGCACCGGUCAAAAAGAGGGCGGCGACUCUGACGCCGUCUUCCUCCUCAAGAACGGUGCUACGCUCAAGAACGCCAUCAUCGGCAAGGACCAGGUCGAGGGUGUCCACUGCGAGGGUUCCUGCACCAUUGAGAACGUCUGGUGGGUUGCUGUGUGUGAAGAUGCUCUGACUAUCAAGGGCGACGGUGACGCUACUGUCAUCGGCGGAGGCGCCACCGGCGCACAAGACAAAGUAAUCCAGCACAACGGCGCCGGCACCAUCACGAUCAAUGGCUUCACUGUCAACACCUUCGGUAAGCUCUACCGUGCCUGCGGUAACUGCAAGAAGAGCGCCAAGCGCCACGUCGUCAUCAAGGGCGUAAAAGCCUCCAACGGCAAGCUUCUCGCAGGCAUCAACCCCAACUUCGGCGACACGGCCACCAUCGACGCCUCGACAUGUGCUACGGGCGUUGAUACAAUCUGCGAGGAGUUCAAGGGUACCACGCAAGGAAACGAGCCCGCGUCUGUCUCAAAGGGCCCGUCCGCCGCCUGCAAGUUUACGAGUCCCAUGAAAUCGUGCUAG